CAGCGCCUCGCGUUUGAAAGGAUAUAUUGACGUGUCACACACGUGACAGCCAUUUAAUGGUUCCGUGUAGUUUUACAUAAAAUACACGAAUUGUCUCAAUUUGCCUUUUAACGGCCGCUCAGUCUCCGCCAGCAAUCUACAAAAAUUAAAUUCUACCAACUGACCACAGCAGCACUGCGGCGCUCGUGCGGUGUACCACAUUCAAUAUGUCCGCCACGAAGGUCCACAUUUGCUCAGGAGGAAUGCGGUAGGCGGGGCUGCUAGGCUAGUAUCAAACUUUGGGAAUGACAGGAGUGCUGCAGGAUUCGCAAAGAAGGAGAAGUGUCGCCCUUGUUGGCUCUCUUUGGAUUACUUUGACUCCUUUUCACGCUCAGUUUCUGGAUUCACCACCUUUCCACAGAUAGUUCGCUCUCAGCAGAUUCUUCAGUCAUGUCGGAGGACCUGAGCUCCCAACCCUGGUCCAUCAACAAAGAUGAUUAUGAGCUGCACGAGGUGAUUGGGAGUGGGGCCACAGCAGUGGUUCAAGCAGCUUACUGUAUACCACGAAAGGAGAAGGUGGCCAUCAAGCGGAUCAACCUAGAGAAGUGCCAGACCAGUAUGGAUGAACUCCUGAAAGAGAUUCAAGCCAUGAGCCAGUGCCACCACCCCAAUAUUGUGUCUUACUACACUUCCUUUGUUGUAAAAGAUGAGCUGUGGUUGGUUAUGAAGCUACUCAGUGGUGGCUCAGUGCUGGAUGUGAUCAAGCAUAUCAUCUCACGAGGAGAGCACAAGACGGGCGUCCUGGACGAGGCCAGCAUAGCCACUGUGUUGAAGGAUGUGCUUGAGGGCUUGGAGUACCUACACAAGAAUGGACAGAUCCACAGAGAUCUUAAAGCUGGAAACAUUCUCCUUGGAGAUGAUGGUUCAGUGCAAAUUGCAGACUUUGGCGUCAGUGCCUUUCUAGCUACAGGUGGUGACAUCACCCGAAACAAAGUGCGCAAGACGUUUGUGGGAACACCAUGCUGGAUGGCUCCUGAGGUCAUGGAGCAGGUGAGGGGUUAUGAUUUCAAAGCAGAUAUAUGGAGUUUUGGGAUCACAGCUAUAGAGCUGGCUACAGGAGCUGCACCUUAUCACAAAUACCCACCAAUGAAGGUUUUGAUGCUGACACUGCAAAAUGACCCACCAGCUCUGGAAACUGGCAUCACAGACAAGGAGAUGGUAAAGAAAUAUGGCAAGUCCUUCAGGAAGAUGAUCUCCCUGUGUCUACAGAAGGACCCAGAGAAAAGACCAACAUCCUCAGAGUUGUUGAAACAUAAAUUCUUUCAGAAAGCAAAGACCCAUGAGUACUUACAUGAAAGGUUACUCCAGAGGGCGCCCACAAUAACAGAGAGAUCAAAAAAGGUGCGUCGAGUGCCAGGUUCAAGUGGUCGGCUGCAUAAAACGGAAGAUGGCGAAUGGGAAUGGAGUGACGAUGAGCUCGAUGAAGAAAGUGAAGAAGGCAGACUAGCUGUUGCGGCUUUAAGGUCACCAAGAGUGAAGGAAGCAUCACAGAAUUCAGAGAUUUUCCAGACUCCUGAGCCUUUAAGUAGUCAACUCCAGCCGAUGGCCACAGGUCAGGCUGAACUACCUCAGGCUGCAGGCCAAGUUCCUCUGCAGCCCACACCAGUAAUCACUCAACCCGAUGUUAAUGCUCCCAUUAGUUUGGUAUUAAGGUUAAGAAAUUCAAAGAAGGAGCUGAAUGACAUCCGCUUCGAAUUCAUGCCUGGGAGAGAUACAGCAGACGGCGUGUCCCAGGAGCUGGUGUCGGCAGGCCUGGUGGACGGGAUGGACUUGGUAAUAGUUGCUGCAAACUUGCAGAAAAUAGUUGAGGAGCCUCAAGCCAAUAAAAAUGUCACUUUCAAACUGGCUUCUGGAAUCGAGGGAUCUGAAAUACCAGAUGAUGUCAAGUUGAUGGGCUUUGCUCAGCUCAGCAUUAGUUAAACUGUUGUUCUACCUGGGACCGUGACUUGCCUAUAAAAUGUGAAAAUUAAAAAAAAAAUAUAUAUAUAGUUUCAUGCAUUCUUUUUUUCUUCCCAUGGCUGUAAAGAAACCACUACUGCCAAAGAAAACAACCAUUUUGCCACCCAUAGGAAUUUAUAAUACCGCCUUGUUGAAUUAGGUGGUCAGCUGAAAUAUCAGAACACCAAGUUUGAGAAUCACUCAAAAGUUUACAGUGUAUCUGAAGAAGGAUGCGCGCAUACAGCAAACCAUCCAUUUACCAUUCUGGUUUCCCUCAUUCUGUUAGUUUUUAUCUAAUAUGUGAUGCAUUUGCACAAUCUAAACUAACGCCCUUGAUAAGUGUAACAAUGCCUUAUAUUCAUCAGAACUACUGAAUGCACGUUGUUGAGGACUUCCCCAGUUACCAUGUGGAGCAUUAUGUUUGAAAUGCACAAACGUGGCUUCAGCUGCUGGUGUUAAACUUGUUCCUUUCUCUUGAAAGGAGGUGAAUUAGACCAAGAUGUGAGCUAAAACAUAUUUCUAACAAGUAAAUGUCAGAUUUUUUUCCCUCAAUAUAAUCAGCAAAUCCUACAACAGGACCCAUUUUCAUUGGCAGAUUUAUAUACAUUUAUUGCUGAGUUUUAUAGCAGCAGGAUGUUUGCUGAACCUCAAUAAGUUUGUUGAUCAUAAUGAAGGACAUAAAUUAGUUUUUAAUAAAGGUUUAGAGGCAUGUGAGACAAAACAAUAGACUAUAAUAGACAGAUGACAAUAUGAUCAGGUUGCUGUUGCUCCUAUUACAAUAAAAAGACAAAAAACUGAACUGUGUUGGUUAAAAAGGAAAAAGGAAUCCUUACUGAUUUUUACCAGUAUCAAUGAGCCAUUUUUUUUAUUUUUGGAGUUAUCAUAGUAGUCGUUAAAAUAAAAUCAGAAGCCCUGCAAAGAAAAUCUAGCAGCAUUUUUUCUUUUUGUGAUUAUUUAGUGAAGUAAAAGGUUUUCCAGCAGCUGAAGCCACGCGUCUGUCUGGUAUUAAAAUCGGUUUCACAAAUUCUUUAAGAAAACAAAACAUACUUAAGUGCAUAUUUGUUUAUGUGAAUGAAAAAUAAGUACUUGAUUUGACCUCUAGUAUGUAAAUAAUGACUUUUGGCUUUGAUUUGUUUUUAUACUCUGUAUUUCACUCUGCCUUUUUUUCCCUUGUCUCAUGAUACGAUUGUGGGUUGAAGCGAGACGACGCUGCGUAUUUAGCUUUGAAUUCCCUCCUGACUGUCGCAGAUGACGCUCAUUCACCUUUACGCUUCAAAUAUUUUUCUGCUUUUAAUGUUUGGGUUUUUUUUGCCUUUGAAGAUUUUGAUUAUAUUUUUACCACAGAGACACACAUAGCUUCCCCCACCACCACUCAUGAACCAACGUAGUGGAGCCUGUUUACAGUCGCUAGUUCUUUUAACCUGUGCAUCAGGCAACAAAACUGCUUUGCCAUCAAUUAAAAAAAAGAAAAAAAAGGCUAAAAUAAAGAAAACCCCAGCUGUGAUUGUAAACAGUUUGAUUUGCUAUGAGUUCAGAUGAAAAAAAAAAGGCAUAGAUUACACAUCCUUUCCAUUCACUGGAUGUUUUUUGUGCAUUAAUCUGCUUUCAUGACUGAUGAUGGAUGUGUGUCUUGCAGCGGGAGGUUCAUCUAGCAUUCUGCUUUAAUGUGAAGAUAUGCGAUGCCAGCAAGGUUUUACUAUUUAAUUUGGUGAUGUGAUAAAGUGUCAUCACCCUCCAGUUGCCAUAUUGAACUAAAGUGAAUGAAUUUCUCUGGUUGAUGAUAAAAAUGUUAAGAGGAAACUUUGUAUUCUGACUAUGAUGUUAAAUUUAUGCAAGCCUUAAAAUUGAAAUGACCAAGUGUACGUUUUUUCCUCUUUUUUUCUGACUUUAAGGUUUUAUUGAGACCUUCAUUGUCUUUGAAAUGUAUUAAAGAUACCCUAAAUAAAGAUAUAAAGGUG